GGAUGACAGUUCGGUCAUUUGUUAUACCCUCCUUGCUUUCUCUUUCUGAAUUCGGCCGCCAUUAUAUCCAUUCCCUCCAUGCUCGCAGGAUUAGGGUUCCGGCGAAUCCUGCACUCCAAAAUUAGUCCGUUCGUCUUCUUCCAAAUCGCUCGUUCGGUCUCAGGAAAUCGCGCAUCCAAACCUUCACCUGACAUCGAAUCCCUUGUCCUCCGCCAGUACCGCGAUGGUAAAUUCCGUGACCUCUUCCGCGCCGCAAUCUCGGAGCCCUCCUUUCUCCUUUCCGCUUGCCAGAACCUCUGUCUUGAAGAAAUCCCCCCUUCUGCUGACUCCAUCAACCGCUUUAUCUCCAUCGAAGAUAUCGCUUUCGAUCUUCGCGAGGGCCGAUUGGACGUCGAGUCCUUGUGCGUCAAACUCCUUCCCUCUCGGAAGAAGGGGACGCAUCUGGUCCUCCCCAAUCUUAAGCUCAAAGUCGUAAUAGAGGCUGUGCGCAUGGCCCUAGAAAUCAUUUAUGAGAAGCGCUUCGCCACCUUCGCUUAUGGCGGCCGAGUGGGGAAGGGACGUCACACCGCCGUACGCUACCUGAAAGCCGCUGUCGAAAAUCCGAACUGGUGGUUCCGAGUGCCCUUCAGGAGACAGGCCUUGGAUCUCUGCCGAUUGAAGGCCGCUUUGGCCGAGAAGAUCGAGGAUGACGCAUUGAUUGGCUUCAUCGAGCGGCUGUUCACAUCAGAGGCAGUUGUUAUCGAGCUUGGAGGACUUGAUUUGGGCCGAGGUUUUCCUCAAGAGAGCAGUUUGAACUCAAUUCUGGUAAACAUUUACUUUGAUGGUCUGGAUCAAGAGAUCCAGGAGAUUCGGGCUCAAAUACAUCGCGGUAAUCCGAAAUUAAGGAACCUCGAGAAGGCGGAGAACUCCCUGGUUUUUCAUAAACCGGUACGAGUUUAUGCUGUGCGGUACUUGGAUGAGGCAUUGAUUGUCACUUCUGGCUCUAAGCUGCUGACGAUAGACAUUAAAAAUAGGAUUUUUAAAUAUGUCGAGGGAAAUAUGAAUCUGAAGGUAGACAAACUGAAGGCCCAUAUCCACAGUGCUGUCUCUGAAAAGAUGGAUUUUUUAGGAAUGGAGCUCCAAGCUGUCUCUCCUUUGGUUCUUCACCCCCCACUGUCUGAAAAAGCCAUGAGAGCAAAGAAGAAGCACCUCAAGCAAAAGGCAGCCAAAGCUCUUGAGCUGAAAAAUGCUCGUGAAACAAUAAGAAAGAAGCUCGGAUUGAAGAUAAUGAAACAUGUUUUCAAGAAGCUGAAGCGUGUUGGUGGGUUCAAAAUUGAUCUGCCUGUUGAGGGCGAAGUUAGAGAGCUGUUUAGGACUUGGGCAGAAGAAGUAGUGGUGGAGUACUUAAAAUCGAAAGAAGAUUGCUACCACUGGCAUAAAAUGCUAACUUAUGGUAACUUCUUGUCUCUGAAGAGAGUGAGGGAUCAGUUGCCUGAAUCUUUAGUUGAUGCUUAUGAUCAAUUUCAGGAGAAAUUGAAUAAACAUUUAAUGCCUGAGAGAGCUAGCAAGCACGUUGAAGAUAAUGAAAUGGUUGAAAAAGAUGAAGAGAAGAGAUAUGCAAAGAGGACAGUGGAGGAUUUGAUAGAAUUAUGUAUGAGAGUAAAUGCACCAAUAGAGCUUGUGAGAAGAGCAAUAAAACUGGCUGGGUUUACAAACUCCAUGGGACGGCCCAGGCCAAUCAAGCUGCUUAUCUGCUUGGAUGAUUCUGAUAUAAUAAAAUGGUAUGCAGGUGUUGCAAGGUCAUGGCUGGACUUCUACUGUUGCUGUCGCAACUUUAAGAUGGUGAAAACUGUUGUAAGUUAUCACUUGCGGUUUUCUUGUCUUCUUACACUUGCAGAAAAGCAUGAAUCCACCAAGAGUCAGGCCAUUCAACACUAUACCAAGGACUUAAGGAUUAUUGGUGAAAAUGGAAUGGAGGAAGUGUACUUUGCCACUGAGAAGGAAAUAAAGAUGUUGGGGGACAGAAACCUUUCAGAUCCAAAACCUGUGGAUGGUGCCAUCACUAUGGUUUUAGUCAGAUUAGCAAUCGAUGAGCAUUCACCGGUCUGUUUGGCCCAUUUCUGUGAAAGCACAAAUAACACUAUCUAUCGUGUGCGUUUGCUGCAAAACCGUUUAAAUGUUGAUCCGCUGAAAGAAGAUAAAUGGGUACCAGGGAUGGGUGCAAUUCAUGAGGCUCUGAAUAGAAAGUGUUUGCCUCUUUGCUCAAAGCAUGCAACCAAUUUGUUCAUUGGAAAUAUCUGUCUUCAAGACAUUGACUGCACCUCAUUUCUGAAUGCAGAUUAAGGCUUCAUUUGGGAUGACUUUUUUAUUAUUUCUUAAAGCAGCUUUUUAGUAAAAAAAUACAUUUUUAUACUAGAAAACUGCUUUAAGAAGCAAGAAGAAAGCCGUCCCAAACGAAAUCUAAAUAAUUCAAAUAUGAUAAGCUUGGAGGAAAUUCCUCUAAUUAUUUUUCCCUUAGUUUGAAGAGCAUCAGCAGCAUAAGCAAUUUAGAUUUGCAGAAGAUAUCUGCAAUUUAGAUGUUGGAACUUGAUGGAAGACACUCCUGCAAACUGUGAUGUUCUAUUUGGUUGCUUCUCGUUAUCAGUAGAGAUCUUGAUUUAAUAGAAUUUAGAUUUGCAGAAGAUAUCACUAUAGAUCGGUACAGAAUAUCACUGGCUUUCUCGGUAUAGCUGCUGCUAUAUGAAGAACUAAAGUAGGAUAUUUCCUCUCAGCUCAAAGUUUGGAUUGAAAAUUGGAUAGAUUGUUUAACAUUGAACAUUAGUGGUAUGAAUAAUUGUCGGUUUGGCUUGAGAUCACUGCAUUUUUCUGAGCAGUUUGGAAGUCAAGGUUUAUGAUACCGUCAUCAUGUCUCUUGACGUAAUGUGAAGGAGGAGCUCAGGAGACCAUCUUUUUAAUGGUUUUAUGAAUUGAACGGUGAGAUCAUCAUUUUUCUUCUUCAGAAGAGCGUGGCCACUGUUCACAUAGACCACAUACGCCUUCAUCAUGCCCAACAUAGUCACCGUUGGAACAAUGUUUUGAGGUGGAUUUUUGCCGCAGGAGAAGAACGAAAAACUAUUUAAAUGAAACAAGGUCGAUUCGGGUGACUUUCUUUCUGCUGCAAAAGAAAGCUUCUAAUGAGAUGUAGAGUUGUGUUCGACUUCCGCAUGGAAUAAUCUCUCCUGACUUUGUGGCUUAACUGGCAAUAUGGUUUGGAGAUAUUUUUAAGGUAAGGUGAUGUCCUUAUUAAUUCAUUAAACGUUAUCUAAUUAAUGUUUCAGACCAAUUAUCUUUUUGUUUGGUAAUUGGUAGUGCCCUUCUCGAACUAUAGGAAUUGCAUUCAUUCAGUUUGGCAUCAAUAGAGGACACUUGGAGAAAGGUAAAAAAAAAAAACAGUAUUUUGCUUCCUGAUGUUCAUUAUUUCAGAUUAUCCAGUAUGUAUUUAAGCUUUUGGGGAUUUUUGGGUUAAAAAACUUAUUGAUGCAUGACUAAAAUGUUUUAAUUGCAUGCGUUAAGAAUUUGCACGAUUUUUUGAAUAAAACAAUUAGGAUUAGCAGUCAAAACGACAAAAGAAAACAAGAGAGGGGUGCCUACGUUUAGGCUAAGCUACUUGCCAAGCGCUUGAAUUAUCAAAACAAGUUAGAAAUUCAACAACAUGCGAAGUAAAUAGCUUUUAACAAAAUCCCUAAUCUAACAGUAAGAUUAGAAGUAUAGAAAACACGCUUAAUCUUACGUUUACUAAGCUUAGGCAUAAGGCGAAGCACGUCUCCUUGUGAUUUGUCACCACCUACAAGAUUAGGGGAUUAUGAAGGUAAUUGAAAAGGAGAAGAAUGUUCACCUUGGUCAAAGCCCGGAAACAAGUAGUCGAGAUGUUGAAGAAGUUCGUCGUAGCUUCCCUUGAAGGUUCAACUAGAGUGAGAAGUUUCUCCCAAGCAUUGAAUGCCUAUUUAAAUUACUAAAUUAAGUUUGGAAAGAAAAUAUCUCAUCCCCUCUUAAAUUAAAAUUCAAAUAGGAGUGAAUUUAGUAAGUUGCCUAAAAUAAGAUUUUAUAAAUUAGGUAACUUUUCAAAUUCAAAUUGAUUUGAAUUUGAUUAUGAAGGGAGUUACCAAAUUUAUGGAAUCUAAGUUAGGAAAGUGGUGGUGGCAAGUGACGAGGGGAGAGGAGCCAAGGGUGGACGGUGAUGAGGGGGGGCCGUGGGUGAGGAUGGGGGUUGGGUAUGGCGACGAGUGAGGGUGGGGGUUAACUGGCCGACGGCUUUUGGGAUCCGGGAUGGCUUGUGGCCGGCGGCAAAGGGAUGAGAGAAGAAAGACAAAGAGAUAAAGAAGAAAGACCACGAGCCCGGCCGUCUCCAAAGCUGGUGGGUGAUCCGAUUUCCCUCUCCUAGGGAUUUCUCUCUCAAGCAAAUUCAAGAUCUCACAAAGAAACCAAACACGAGAAAUUUUCUUAUCAUCAUUUAUUCCCUUAGAAGAGAAACAUAAGGGAUAUAAAUAGCCUCGUACAAAAUGAUUCAAAAUAAAAAGGCGACAGUGCCCUUGGGGCUUACAUACGACCUCCCUUAAGUAAGAGGUAAAAUGGGAAAAACAAAUACAACAUAAAUAAGACGAGACAAUUAACAUAAUAAAAACAAAUACAUGAAAUGACUCAAAAAUAGAUCGACUCGAUCAUGGCCAUAGAUCGAUGGCCACGCCUCUGAUAUAUUUUUCAUUCUCUAAUGUCCCCAUCACUUAUAGGGUUAUAAUUUGACUAACUGCCCCAUAAUUUUUUGAAAGAAUCAAACUUCUUUAUUACAAACUUCUUUGAUAUUUAUGGGUGGUUGGGCUGUGUGAUGACAAGUUGAUUGCAAUGAGACAUAUGGUACAUAAUCGAUAUGCUGGUUGGCUUUCGGAUGGUAAAUAAGCCAUAGCUAUAAUUGAAGGUUUUGUACCUCUCCUCAAUUAGAAUAUUUGGUAUGACUAAAAAGGUUAAACUCUAGCUGAACCCAGACUUAAUUUACUCUAGUAAACCUCAAUUUACUCUAGAGUCAAAGAUUUCAACUAGUAUUGAACUCUUGAAGCAUGCUUUACAUUGUUUCUCUUUAAAGUACUCCAUUGGACUAGCUUAAGAGAGGAGAAUUAGAGGCACAUUAUACCGCUCCUCUUAUAACCUAACUUCUAAAACCUAAGGCUGGGUCCACCCCAUUUCCCCCAUUAUAUCUUCUCUCUUCAUUUCUACUCUUGAUUACUUAGACUCUCUCACUCUUUGGGCUUUCUUUCUUUAAAGGCUAUAAAUUCCACUCUCUAAAGAUCAAUUAUUUAGGAUGUUAAGUUCUACUCAUUGGGUUUUCAUUAAUUAUCACCCAUGUUUCCUUGAGUUAUCUAAUAGGAUAUAUAACUUCUAGCUACUAAUCAUAGCAGUUAGUGAUGCAACUUUGUCUCUGUAACAGAUAGAGUGGGCUAAUUAAGUUGCCAUAAAAUGAUAAAAUUAUGAGAUUUUGAUUUAGUAUUAAUCAUUUAGGCUAAUUUAGGCAAACUCAUGCACACAUUACAUAUGCAAGUUUCGAACUCAAAACCUCCUGGUUGAUUGUCAAAGCGCCCGACCAUCAUACAAAUGUGAGUUGCGCCUUACUCUGUCUUCUUUGCUAAUGAACUUUAGCAUAUAAAGUAUAACUAUUAUUCUUAAUCAAGAGUGUUCUUUACAUCUAAUUGUAGAUAUAAUUAAUUUAGUAGGCGUCAUCAUAAUUCUCAUUAGAAUUAAAAAAAAAAAGUCAAAUCAUCUAUUAUUUAAGGAUCUAUUUGAGAUAGCUUUCUAGUUACUUUGCUUUUUAUACAACCAUCACAAUUUCAUUUGAUUACUAUUUUCUUGUUGUUUUCUUAAUAUUUUUUUUUUUAAAAAUUGUGAUGAAAAGUUGUUUUAUACAAUCAUAGAAAAAAAAAUGUUUUCUCCACAACAACUUUAUAACUAACUUUAUAAAAAAUUAUAGUUAUCCCAAAUAGAAAAAAAUUAUUCUUUGCGGACACCGGACGUCAUCCAACUAGAACGUGACAUGCCACUUUUUUGUUCGGUACGGGUGCUGCGUACCAGGUGACGUAGCGCAUUCUGAUUAACCUUUGAGCUAUCUGAUGUCUGCACAAAAUAAUUUCUCUCCAAAUAGAUCCUAAGAUGAACUCUCAUAACUUUUCUUUUAUUUAUUUUACCAUUUUGAAGUCUCCUCCUAUGAUCUUCCCCAAACCCUAAAAAAGGCAAUAAUAAGUUCCUAAAGUGCAUGAGCCGAACAGACCCCACAAGUGGGCCCCUUAUUAACCCAUGAUCAUAUCGUAUUAUGUUUUUGAUCAAAUAAUAUAGUUAGAGAAAAAUGGGUGCAGUGCACGGGCAGAGAGCGAGAGAUGAGAAAUAGAAAGAUUUGAUGAUAGAAGCACGUGGCUUCUUAUUAUUACCUGUUUAUAACUUUCUUCCAUGAGGCAAUGGGUUCGUAUGGUAUUAUUGUUGGACAAUGCUGCGGUGGGCUCACAAAUGACCAAACAAAGACAACAAAAAAGGCGAGGAGAAGGUGGGCUUCCUCUGUGGCUUGACCAAAGCUUGGAGAACUGCAUUUAUAUGUUCAAUAAUGUAAUUUUCAAUAAUUUUAAUUAUUAUAAAAAUAUAUGUUUUUA